CAUCCAUUUCCUAAUUCCUAAUUUCCCUCUUUGCUUCCUCUCAGUUGUUUUUUCAUGGCAACCCUAGAACUCGAAGCUUGCAACCAACCUAUCCCCAACGAAGCCAAACUUGAUAUACCCCAAAAUGAUCAAGAAGUCAAAAUUAACUACUCCCAAAGGGCACAGUGGCUUAGAGCUGCUGUGCUUGGAGCCAGCGAUGGUUUGGUCUCUACAGCUUCUUUAAUGAUGGGAGUAGGAGCUGUAAAACAGGAUGUAAAAUCCAUGAUUAUUACUGGUUUUGCAGGGAUGGUUGCCGGAGCAUGUAGCAUGGCGAUCGGAGAAUUCGUGUCGGUGUACUCUCAGUAUGACAUAGAGCUUUCUGAAAUGAAGAGACAGCAUAAAGCUUCAGAUGAUGAUGGAAAAGAAAGUCUGGAUGAGAGGGAGACAGAAGACCUCCCGAACCCGUUCACGGCGGCUGGAGCAUCUGCUCUAGCCUUUGUUGUUGGAGCUGUGGUGCCUCUGUUAUCAGCUUCUUUUAUACAGAAUUAUAAGGCUAGGUUGGGGGUGGUAAUAGCUAUGUCAAGCUUGGCUCUGAUGGUGUUUGGGAUCUUAGGUGGAGUCUUGGGAAGGGCUUCUGUGAAGAAGUCUUGUUUGAGGGUGUUGAUUGGUGGGUGGCUGGCUAUGGCCAUAACUUAUGGAUUGACCAAGUUGAUUGGCCUGGCUGGAAUAUAAGAUUAGGUAUUAUCUCUAUCUAGCUAGGUCCCUCAUCCUUCCUUUUUCUCCUCUCAUGUGCUACGGGAUCAAAACGUGUAUAGAGAGGUGGAUCUCUUCUGUAGAAGGAUCUCUCUCAUCUACUUAAGCUUUUUUCUUUCCAUUUGAUGUGUUUUAUUUUGGAUGGUGUGUUGUUUUUAUAUCUUUCAAGAUUA